CAGGAAAAUUGUAAACAGCUAAAUUUUCCUCCGUACCUGCACGCAUGCGAACCCCCGUCACGGGCGUGUAGUUUGUCUUCAUUUCGAUUCUUUCCCAUUUGUUCCUUUCUCGGUGUGUCUCGCGUUUUCGUGUUUUGUGAUUGCCUGCUGUACGUGUUGGGCAUGGCGUGAACAAUUAGAAUCAAUACAAGCUGGCACUUGGAAAGUGGUCAAACGCUUUUCCACCUACCGACCACUUGGUUCGUUUCUGCGAAGCAACGACAUCGCUUUUGCUGCAGGCAGCGCAGCAUACCGGUAUUGUGUGAAGCAAAAGAGUGUCGCGAGUGGUGAAUGGAAAGUGAAAAAAUAAACACGCGCCCAGGACAAAGCAAGCAGCAAGCGAAAGUUUGUGCGUUUUUAGUGCAUUCGAAGCUGCCAACAGGAUACCCCUUCGCCCCCGGUUCGGAUUCUUAAGACGUGCAGCAUGAUUGGCGAAGAGUAAGACAGCGUACAGCAGGGAGCGAUCGCUGUGUCCUGUUUCCUUCCACUGGCGUUCGAAGGAAUUUAUCGAUCCGAGUCGCGCAGCUUUUGCUUAUUUUUAGCUAUCAGUAUACUGCAACAAACAAAACAUAGUCCAGGAGGUGUCGGCUGCUCAAACACGAGCAGUACGGGAACAAUAAUCGUCAAAUAUUGCUCAAUCCAUAAAGAUAUUCACCACGAACGUCUUCGUCUUCCGGAUGAAAAACAUCUAGUGUUGUUUACUCCAAGUCGAGAACUUCCAAAGACAAAUCAACAUAUCACGUCGAGAACAACAAGUAGCACUGCGCGAAAGAACUGAUCGGAUCCCGUAACAUAUAAGCGAACGCUUAUAAACCAACCGCGCAUGUGAUCUACCAAACGAACAUCGUGUCAUCCACCUCAACUACCAGUCAAACGAUACGGGGCCGACGGACUCGAUCCUAAAAGGGGUAGCACGUCCUUACCCAUGCAGGCGAGAUCAAUCAAUCACUGUUGGAUGGAUUGACGAGAGCGGUCCGUCGCCGUACCCAUAAGGUGAUAGAUUAGCAUCAGGAGAGCGGUUGUGACUUCGCUGUCAACAACCGUGGACCGAGUUCUGGUUUGGUAGAACUAGUAAAAGUGCACAUUUUGGUAGUUGUGUGCGUGUGAGCUUCCGGUUCAACUGCCCAUUAUCAACAACGAAAACAAUACAACGAACGUGGCACAAAUCGCAGAGUGCAGAAGCUAGUUAGCUCACUGUCUUAACUAAUGCCCACGAGCGCUUUCUAAGCGGGAGGACCUAUACCGAAACACCACCAAACAGCACAAAACGACGGACAACUCAAACCCGCUACUACAAUGAAUUUACGAUAUCAGGAAACGUUUUGUAUCAUAUUUUUACUAUGCACCAGUAUUACACUCGCAGAAGACUUUGACUUCGUGCCGGAGCAGAACGAUGAUGUUGAGCCGAUUGCCGCGGAACCUACAAAAGUAGAUAGCCAACCGAAAUUAUCCAAGGCCGGUGUUCGCUGUCUGCCAACGGAAAGCACGAUCCAACUUUCUCUGAUACUCCGGGUCAAGAGCUGGAAACACGUCCAGACAAGCCUAAAGCAACGCACAAUCAGUAAGCUGGCCGAAUAUUUCUUAGUCCCCGAGGAAUCGAUCAUUGUUCGAGAUGCAACGAGUAACGACCUGCACAAGAUGGUGGAAAAGGCCCUCCAGCACGGCAAGAAACCUUCGCGGACGGUUGGAAAAUCGCUGGGUUGGAUUGGAUUUCCGGUUGGAUGCGGCGAGAAGAUGUCAUCGAGUGCCAAGGAAACGGUGCGCAACGUGAACACGCAGCUGGCCGAACUACGUGACCUUACCGGUAUGGAUUUUGGCUGGUGGAUCAUCUGGAAGGAGCAGACCGGUGGUGCGGCUGCAAGUGAUAAGAGAAUCAAGCGUGAGGUGGAUCCAGACGAUGACUACUACGACUACGACGACGAUGAAGCUGCAGAAGAUGACGAUGAAGGCGAAACGACGGAAGUUCCUCAUGCCCACCGACACCAUCACGGUUCCAGUGAGCAGUAUAGCACCAAGGCUGAGCACCACAGCUCGCCAACACACGCCACUAACAAGCAUACUACUAACAAUCCCGACCAUACGGUGGAAACGCACCAUCAUCAACAACAUCACCAUCACCAUCAGCAACAACAUCGCCAUCAUGCGAGCGCCGAGAAGCAGGCGGAACCAUGGCCGCGUGGUGGUGCUGCGACCGGGGAGCACCGGAAGUCCCCGGUAAUGGUAUCGGUAACAGCGCCAUCCAUCACUGCCGCCACCACGCAACCAUCGCAACCGAAGCGCAAGCACAACCACGGCCUGUACGAUCAGGUGAAGGAACGGUCGGCAAAAAAGCAAGCCGCAGCACUGCUCGCCCACACGCACCAGUCGGAUCGGGCCUUCCAGCCGGCGACCGAACCGUCGCAAGUGGCCGGCCACCCCUUCACGCCGCCCGAUUUGCGAGAGAGCGUGUCCCAGCUCGAGUCGACCAUCAGCAAAACGAUCGCCAACAACGAGCAGCUCAAAAAGGACGAAGAAACGCUGCUCGCCCGCAAGGCGAAGCACAAGCGCAUCGAUAUCGAGCGUAUCGUCGAGACGGAGCUGCUGCUGCCGGAAAUCGAGCGGCUGCAGGAUGAGGUGUUCCGGGACGAUUACGUGAUCGAAGAUGUCGUGCGGGGGCCCAAGUUUUACGAUUUCAGCACCCAGCCGCAGCUGGACAGGUUCGUACCGCUGGAGCCAGAGCCGGAGAAGCGACAACCGGCGACCAGCCCCACAACCACACUUCCGGCGAGUGUGAACAGAUCGCCGACCACCGUAAAGCCACAGUACGUGACAGUUGAGAAGACUGCCACACCCCCGAUGCCCACUACCUCAAAGCAAGUUCCGGCUACCACGCCGAACAGUAAGCCCAGGACGAGCCCAACCCAAGCCGUCUCCAUCUUAACCGUGCCGAGGCGACACACGGACGAAUCAUUGUUCACCACAAAGCUUCCACAUCCGGCUAUCACACCGGUGGUCAGCUCGAUUGACGCCGACGAGGAUGCACCGUCCCGAUCGGACACUACAACAACGAUAGGCACAAUCAACCCAUCCGCCCAAUCCCGUCUCGUUCCACCGACCAAACUUGACCCGACGACAACGACGACGACGACGACGACGUUGUCUUCUACUCCAGCAAGAAGUGCAGCAAAGACGACAACAAUGACAACGACCACGGCAACCGCAACGUCCACAAGAGCUAAAACGAUUCCUACGGAGUUGAUAGAGCUGCAAACUUCUCCAGCAACUAUGCCACUGACCACCACCACCACCACCACCACGGCCUCUGCCACCAGUACCACCGUUUCCGAGGAGCCAACAAAUCCCACAGCAACCACCACCACCACGCCGGCAUCUUCCGCUUCCGCUACUAACACUCGCUCUACUAACCUUUUCGCUUCCGUUCCAUUGGUGAAGAGCGAUGAUGAACCUGCGGCAUCAAGUUCCAGCACCAUCAAAACGAUCGUACCAGAAGCGACCACCGAGAAGAGCUCAACGAUAUCUUCCUUCUCUUCUGCCGUCGAGUAUUCGACGCCCUCGUCCACAACGACCGCGACGGCGACGACGACGAUCGCAGCACUUCCAGCAAUAACUUCCACGCCGGCCAGUUCGUGGCAUCUGGGCAUGGAUGAGGACGAGGAAGCGAGCUACGAGUCGAAGGAAUUUUUCGAUGAAAUCGAUUCGAAACCUUCAACAUUUGCUAAUCCUGAAAUGGCAUCCAUCUCCUCCUCCACCACUACCACCACGCACGGUAGUGAGGAUCAAGGCACGAGUGACUACACUACCACCACGGUCAGUUACGUGCCACUUACUACUACUACGACAACGCAGGAAGAGUUGAGUCGUUACGCGACGAACGUAGAUCGCUCCCCGUUCGGUAGAAAGAUAAAUGACGAAGACAUCACCGCCGACCAGGAGGAGGAAGACCAAGAAGAAGGCGAAGACAUCGACGAGGAGGAGGAGGAAGAGGACUACUUCUCGCAAGGGCCUACAUCGACGCAACGUUCUGUGUCGACCUUCACCACCCCGAAACAGGACAACGAGGAGGAGGACAAGGAACUGGAGUACGAAAACUAUGACGAUGAGUACGAUGACGAGGAGGAGGGAGCGAUCGAACUGACCACGCAGCCCGAUCCGCGUGUACUGUCAUCGACCACAACCACCGAGCGACCAAUGCCAUCGUCGACAGAGCCAAGCACUACCCCAACAACGGUAACGAUGCCCACCACAACGCCUUCCACGACCACCACCACCACCACGGAAGCACCGACGACGACAACGACUACCACAACCUCGACCACUACCACCACCACCACGACCACAACCGAGGCAUCAACUACGACCUCAACGAUGCUUACCACGGAGCUGGACGAACCGACCAACCUUCCACCGAUCAUUCGGAACCGCAUUCCAAAGCAAGCCAUCCCGGCCGGUAAAGUGUUCCGCUACCAAGUCCCGCUGGAAACAUUCCACGACAACGAGGACGGUAACAAUCUAAGCCUGGAGCUGCUGGAUGCCCGUGAUCAACCGCUCAAACCGAGCUCGUGGAUCCAGUUCAACGAAGACACGAAAGAGAUCUAUGGCCUACCGCUCGAAAAGGACGUAUCCCGUUGGCCUUACAAGCUGCGCGCUACCGACUCCGGCAAUCUUACCGUCACGGAAAAGGUGGACAUACAGGUGCAGCAGCACAAAUCGCACCGCAGCCUCAACCACGAGAUCAGCCUGGCGCUGCGCCUGAACCGCAAGUUUGCCAGCAACGUCGACUGGCACAUCGAGACGGCACGCGGCAUCUCGGUCGUGCUCGGUGACGUGACGCUGUCGAACAUUAUCGUGCGCGACAUCCGCAACAGCAUACAGGAUCCCAGCCUGGCCACGUUUGUGUACACGAACGAGACGCUGCCGAAGGAUCGCUGCCCGGAGGAGAAGCUGGACGAGCUGGUGGCGCUGCUCACCGAGGAAGCGCUCAACGAUGCGCUCAAUCCGGACAUUACGGUCAAGUCGGUGCAGGGCCAACAGAUUGCACAGUGCACCAAGGUCACGCCGCCAAAGGUGAAACCGACGCAGAGCAUUCAGCGCAACUAUGCGCCGCAAACGCGCAACCAGGUCGAUCAGGUGAACGCAACCGUGGGCCAUCUGCUCGUCUUCAAGGUGCCGGUGGACACAUUCUACGAUCCAGAAGAUGGUAACGAGCUGAAGAUGAAGCUGCUGACAACCGAUCGCAACACGCUCGAUCCCAACCACUGGCUACAGUUUGACUCGAAGAACCAGGAGUUUUACGGUGUGCCGCGAACGAAUGACAUCGGACGCAAGGAAUAUCUUUUGAUGGCGGAAGAUCGCGAAGGUCUCACAGCAACGGACGCACUGGUGGUGGUAGUCAACCCGCACCACAAGCGCGACUACAGCGUCCUGUUCGAGCUGACGCUCGACAUUAGCCACGAGCAGUUUAACACGGCCCAGGUGCAGCGGCGCUUUAUCGAACGGCUCGCGCAGGUGUUUGGCGACGCCUCGACGCACUACAUCAAGAUCCACCACAUUCGGCCGAUCCACCAUACCGGGCAGGUGCAGGUGUCCUUCUUUAACACCACGCUGAGCCGCCAGCACCAGCGCUGCCCGCAGGAGGAGAUCGAGACGCUGCGCAACAUUCUGCUCCACCAGGACAGCACGAUCCGGGCGAAGGUGCGCGAAAUAUUGGGCCAAGAGUUUAGCCUGCAGAACGUGAGCCUGGUGCCGCUGGACAACUGCCACGGGUUCGAUACGCCGCAUCACGCCACGAGCGAGCCGGAGAAGGCCGCCCCGAAACCGAUCUCGAAGGACGACUACCUGCUUACGUUCGUGCUGCCGUCGGUGAUCAUCAUCGUGAUGCUGCUGAUCGCCGCCAUCAUUGCGUGCAUUCUGUACAAGCGCCGGCUGACCGGCAAGAUGGAGCUCGAAUAUAUCAAUUUCAAACCUAUCGCCUCCUCCUCCUCGUCCAAUCCCCAAGGUACUGACGAAGAGCGCAAGUCGUUCCGGUCGAAGGGCAUCCCGGUGAUCUUCCAGGACGAGCUGGACGAGAAGCCGGAGAUCGGCAACAAGUCGCCGGUGAUACUGAAGGACGAGAAGCCCCCGCUAUUGCCACCGUCCUACAGCAGUACCAACCACGAUGGCGAUAACGAGGACGUCGAUGAGUACGUGCCACCGCAGCCGGUGAUCGUUGGUGGGCGCGAAUCGCGCGGCAAAUCGCCCGUCACACCAUCCUACCGGCGGCCGCCACCGUACGUGUCACCAUAGGCCCGGCGUCCACCACCGCCCCACCAAGGAGACAGCAGCAUUCACUAACUAUUUGUUCGCAAAACAAGGGGCAGGGACUGCGUAUGGUGCGCGCGAGCAUCGCCAUUUCACUAUUUGUUCCGUUUAGUUGUACUGACACUUCUCGAUUUUUUGUGACAAACAAUCUACGUUUAUGUGUGUGUUUUUUGUUCUUUUUGUCAUCUAAUUUUUGCACUCGAUUUACCAAUUACCACCAAACACCAAAAAAACGGAAAAGAAAACAUUAGAGAGAGAGAGAAGAAGGAAAACACAAACAGUAAUUAAAAGGCGCGAUCGUGUAGCGCUUUAACAAGAGAAGCAGAUCGUUACAACCGGUUAUGAUAAGGUAGGGUUUCUGUGUGUUCUAAGAAUUCGUUCAGGAAGGGUUAAAAGAAGAUAGCUUUGAUGAUAGUACGUGAUAUACGAGCAACAAUACAAAAAAACGUUUUUUCUAAUUUAACAAAAGAGUGCAAGACGUAGUUCAGCGGCGAAAUUGAAUUGUUUGGAAAAUUAUACAAAUUAUGGCGCUAUUACAAUGCUAAAGUAGUAGUUGCAGCGCUUUAAAGUGUAUAAUUUUUGGUACAAUUUCAAUCGUGUGGAGGUUUUGUAUGCUUUUCUUCCUCUUUGUAUUUCUCUCAUUUGCUCGUAAGUCUGUCUCCGAACAAUCAACCGGGUAAACUCCGGGACUGGCUUUGUAAGCAAGGCUGGCUGGCUGGCUGGCUGGCGUGUGUCAGGACUUUAUGGAAUGCCGUUUGGUUUUUCCACCAAUAAUUCCUCACUCGCAGUUCGCAAUAGAGAGAAAGGGAGAGAGUAUGAUAAGGGAAAAAGUGGCAUUUGAAUGGGAACACAGGAUUUAAAAAUAAAUUAAACAAAAACACAAGGAGAGACGCAGGGAUAAUGUGAACACAUGGACGUCAAACGGAACGGAUAUAAUCGUGAACAGUCGCGCUUGAUUGACGAGAAGCGAGCGAAUGGUUAGUUUAUAAGGAGAGAACGAGCACAGAAAAGAAGAUAAAGAGGAGAGAGAGAGCGAGAGCAGAAGAGAAAAGAAUCAAUUUAUAGUCAUUUACAAAGCGUUUCAGUAGUAGCUUAGGUACGUGUAGUAGUGUUUAAAAAUUCAGUUAAGUUCAUGUAAGCCCCCCUUACUGUUUCCGACCGAAGCGGCUACACACGGCUUCCUUUUUGCCCACGCGGACCAUUUAAUGAACAAACAAACAAAGGGAAACAAAAGGCAAGAGAAGUUGGUUAGGACAUACCGCGCGGGUUUGCUCUUUUUGCCAGUUUGCUUUACAACUACACGCGAUCCUUCCUUGAACAACGGUGAAUAAAUCGGUUGCGUCGCGCAAUGCGCCCGUUUGUUGGCUUCCCACGUUGUUCCACUCCUACCCAAACACACACACAUUUAUGGUACCGCACCACUAACGCACAAUCAUUCACGAUGCAGGGUAUGAUGAUAAACGAAUGGAGGAAGUAGAGGUGAGACCCGUUGUUGCUGUGUCAAGAGACUGGUUCAAAGAGGGGAAACUCGGGCGAACGGGACACGAUCGCAAGGAUGAUGCUUAGAGAUGACUGCAUAAACGACAGAAACGCUACGCUAAGCCUUCUCUUUGAAGAACCAGCUUUCCACACAGAUUACAAAUUUUGAAUGAGCUUACUUCGAAAUAGAGAAGAUAGAGAAGCGGGGACGUUUUACAGAUUUUUGCAAAAUACACACCGUUCUUUGUUACAGGCCAGAUAGACCCACGGAAAGGAGGUAGAUAUGGAAUUUGUUCCGGUGUUUUGUAUCGCAAUAUGCGUUUUCUUUUGCCAGUUGCCAUAAAUGCGUACCAUUUUGAGAUUUCCAACCGAUGCAGUUAAUAUUGGCCAUAGCUAUAGCAUAGUGUGGAGCAAAUCUGAUCUGAGGAUCACUGAUCUCAGAGCAGCUUUCAGCCAAUUUUUCCUAUACUUUCCCUCCUCACGCUUUCUAAUGCCGCUGCUGUUAGGUAGAACGCAUGUUCGCGAAGUGCAAGACUCCUUUUGAAUGCUUCUGUCUGUUGUAUCGAUUUUACGCUCAUUUUCCCAUACCACUUAACUUAAAUUGUAAUAUUCGACAUCAAGAAAGAAGCUAAAACGAAAGGAAAAUUGAUGUUAAUAAUUAGAUAAUGAGCAAUGUAGCAGUGCUUUCAUAUACCUUCAUUUUUACCAUUCACCAUCAAUGCAAUCAUUAGAGGGCCAUAUCAUUUCGGAAGCGCUUUCCUUAUACGAACAAUUUGUAAUACAAACACUCCAACUGAUAGAUACAGCCGCAAACAAACAAAACACAAAAAGAUAGAAGGAAACAGUUAAGCAAACCAAAAAAACACCUCUACUCUACGGUGAUAACCGAACACAGUUUAAUUGUGGUAUUAUUCCUAACUACCCAUUUUAAAAGCAACACAUUUUGAUACAUAUUCUCUUAGUGUGUGCACACUACUUGUCACUACUACUUGUUCUGCAAUUGAUUUGUUUUUUUUU